AUGGAUGUUGAAUCGAAGAUCACGAAAGGUGCCUUGGACGCCAUCUUCAACGACCCUGAAGGGGCCAACGUGAAGUUCCCGGUGCCCGUUCUUCAGUGCCUGCAGAUCAAGCCCUUGGCCGCCCAAACAGGAGGUGGUGCUGAGAGAUACCGCAUUGUGCUGAGUGAUGUCAACAACUACGUACAGUGCAUGCUGGCCACGCAAGUGAACCACGUCAUACACGAGAACAAGCUGGUCAGGAACUGCAUCGUGCGGAUCACUCAGUACCAGGCAAACUCCGUCAAGGGAAAGAACAUCUUGAUCAUCCUUGGCCUCGAGGUCAUUGAACAGUUGGGCACCCCAGACAAGAUUGGCGAGCCCCAAGCCUUCGAAGCAAAGCCUCCCGCGCCUGCGAAUACAACCAUUGGCGGACAGAACUUCUACGGCGUCAAGCAAGAGGAGACGAAGCCCAAGCCCCAACAAUCGAUACCCUCGCGCUCUGCUGGAGGAGCGACCGGCCAACACGGCAGCAGCAACAUCUACCCCAUCGAAGCCCUCUCUCCCUACGCUCACAAGUGGACCAUCAAAGCCCGUGUCACACAAAAGUCGGACAUUCGGACAUGGCACAAGCCUAGUGGCGAGGGAAAGCUCUUCAGUGUGAACCUGCUCGACGAGAGUGGUGAGAUCAAGGCAACCGGCUUCAACGAGCAGGUCGACCAGUAUUAUGAUCUUCUCCAGGAGGGAGGCGUCUACUAUAUUUCCAGCCCCUGCAAGGUCCAACUUGCCAAAAAGCAGUUCACAAACUUGCCGAACGACUACGAGCUCACAUUCGAGCGCGAUACCCAGAUCGAGAAGGCCGAGGACCAGAGCAAUGUUCCUCAAGUGCGGUUUAACUUCUGCAACAUCCAAGAACUCCAGGAGGUCGAGAAGGAUGCGACCGUGGAUAUCAUUGGCGUUUUGAAGGACGUUGAUGAGGUGUCCCAAAUCGUCUCCAAAUCGACUGGCAAGCCCUACGAGAAGCGCGAGCUCACCCUCGUGGACGACACGAACUACUCCGUGCGCGUCACCAUCUGGGGUAAGAGCGCCACUAACUUUGACGCCAAGCCCGAGUCUGUGGUGGCAUUCAAGGGCACCAAAGUGUCGGACUUUGGUGGCCGUAGUCUCAGUCUGCUUUCUUCGGGCACGAUGUCUAUCGACCCCGAUAUUCCCGAUGCCCACCGCUUGAAGGGCUGGUACGACUCUUCUGGCCGUAACGACACCUUCAGCAACCACAACAACAUGGUCAGCAUGGGAAACGCUACUGGUCGCAAGGACCAGGACAAGUCCAUUCUCCAGGUGAAAGAAGAGAACCUCGGCAUGGAGCAACAGGACUACUUCAACCUCAAGGCUACCAUUGUCUACAUCAAGCAAGACAACUUCGCCUACCCCGCGUGUAUGAAUGAGGGCUGCAACAAGAAAGUCACUGAGACGGGCGAAGGGGCUUGGCGUUGCGAGAAGUGUGACGUCUCCCACCCCAAGCCCGAGUACCGUUACAUCAUGUCCGUCAACGUGUGCGAUCACACGAACCAGCUGUGGCUCAGCUGCUUCGACGAUGUCGGCCGCGUUAUCAUGGGCAUGUCGGCUGAUCAGCUUACGAACCUGCGGGAAGAGGACGAGACAAAGAUGGCUCAGGCCUUCGAGGAUGCGAAUUGCCGCAAGCUCAACUUCCGAUGCCGUGCCAAGAUGGAUACCUUCGGCGAGUCUCAGAGGGUACGCUAUCAAGUCAUGAGCGCGAGCCCGAUUGAUUACAAGGCCGAGGGAGCCAAGCUUGCGGAUCUUAUCAAGCAGUUUGGUAUCAGCUCGUAA